AAGAAGAAGAAGAUGACACCCCCUGCAACUCGAUUCUCUUCCCUUCGGCGUCCGAUUCUAUUCCCUCCGGCGUGCAAAGCCCUCCCCCCUCCGGCGUCCGAACCUCUCUCCCAAGCUCAACACACAAUGACUGUUGAGUCACGGAACACCGAUUCCAAGAAUUGAAGCUUCUUAAAUGAGUCCGGCGUCGGAUUCAUUAAUCCAUGUUGCGGGAAUCAAUAGCAGUGCCAGAUUCCAAGAAUUGAAGCUUCGGAGUAAGGAAGGAGAAAGGCAGGAUGAGCCGGUGAUGUGGUCGGUGGGGUUCAGUGGAGGUGGGUAUCCCCCGCGGAAACUUCCCGGCAUCUAUCCUGGAUCCAUUGGGUUCAACUCCAAUGGUUCUGUUUACCUUGAUGGAAUUAAGCUGGUCUUUGAAGCUGAAAUUGCAGAAUUGGAAAGUAGAGACAAGGUGGUCGGUUGCGGUUUUGAUCCAUCUCAGAAGAAGGUGUUCUUCACUGUGGAUUCAUAAUUGGUACAUGAAAUCCAUUGCAGAUCGGAGGAAUUUGGAAGCCCACUUUACCCAACUGUAGCUGCGAAUGUAGAUGUUACGGUUUUGGUAAAUUUUGGACAGAGUGACUUCAAGUAUUUGCCGGCGAAUGCGCAGAGAACUCCAAACCCAUGUUUCAUUGGCACUUUUCCAAAUGGUUCUGCAGAUGAUCUGGGCUAUGAAGACAGUCGAGAGUUCUUCUCCAUGGGAAGGAUUGACCCUCUAUGGCUUAAUCGAAAUAACUCCAAGACCAUCAACAGCAACAAUAGUGAUAACAUGACACUAUAUCCUGAUGGGGAAUCAGAAGCUGAACUCUACACUGUACUCUGAAGUUUAACUAUAAUGCAAUCUUACACUUUACAGUACCA